AAUACGUAUAAACGUUGUUGUGAAUUUGUGGUUAUGUUUUGCAUGUUUUUGCGCCGGAGACCUAAUUCUCUAUCGCUCGUAAUAAACUCAUUUAAACCCAAACGCACAACACCUGUAUUCCCGUUUCGCAAUAAAAUGGAGUGCGAUAUGAAAGAGCCGGUCGCAAUUUCCGCCGAAAUGCAACAAGCGAACUUUCAAAAUGCGAACACUCAGUGCGGUAGUUUUCUGACUGUAGACGAGGAAAAUAUCGUAGUGUUAGUGAAAUCGUACUCCCCCGAGCCUAGCGAUGAGCAACCCCAAUUGGAUUUCGAGGAAAAGAAUAUGCCGGAAAUGAAUGUUGAUCAGGUAAUUGAAGGCGGUCUAAGCUUCUUUCGGAAGAGCUGA